CUCCAAGUCAAAUGCGCUGGGCAAGAAGACUGCCCUUGUCGUCGGUGCUCCUCCGUCGAGGGCUGGCCACGGCGCCGGCGACGCACACCAAGCUGAGCGUGCCUUCCCUCGGCGAGGUGACCGUGCCCACCGGCCUCUUCAUCAACAAUGAGUGGGUCGCCCCGGCCGCAGGAGAGACAUUCGCAACGGUCAACCCGGCGACAGGAGAGCACCUGGUCAAUGUCGCACACGCGAGUGCAUCGGAAGUCGACACUGCCGUGAGGGCGGCACGGUCGUCGUUCCGGUCGACUUGGGGCAUGAACGUCUCGGGCGUCGAGCGCGCUGCAGUCAUAUCAAAGCUCGCCGACCUCCUCGAGCGCGAUGCCGACCUGAUAGCGGCGCUGGAGAGCCUCAACUCGGGCAAGGGAAUCCGCAUGGCUCGCACGUCCGACGUCGCCGACGCCGUCGCCUGCCUGCGGUACUACGCCGGCCUGGCCGACAAGAUCCACGGACAGACGAUCGACAGCUUCGGCGGAGAGAAGUUGUGUUACACGCUCCACCAGCCCAUCGGCGUGUGCGGCCAGAUCAUCCCGUGGAACUACCCACUGCUCAUGUGGGCGUGGAAGGUCGCGCCGGCGCUCGCGGCGGGCUGCACGGUCGUCAUGAAGCCGUCCGAGCUGACCCCGCUGACGGCGCUGGCGAUGUCCGACCUCGCGAAGGAGGCUGGCCUGCCUGCUGGUGUGCUGAAUACCGUCCCGGGGCUGGGCGCGACGACAGGCGAGGCCAUCGCAAGGCAUCAAGACAUUGACAAGGUCGCUUUUACUGGCUCCGUUGCGACCGGCAGGCGCAUCUCCAUUGCUGCGGCUGAGUCCAACCUCAAAAAGGUCACACUCGAACUCGGCGGCAAGUCGCCGUUGCUGGUCUUUGACAGUGCGGACGUGGAGGAGGCGGCCGACUGGACGGCCGUGGGCAUCUGGUUCAACUCUGGUCAGGACUGCUGCGCGAGCUCAAGGGUGUACGUCCAAGAAAACGUGUACGACGCGUACAUUGCCGCGCUGAAGAAGCGCGCCGAAGCCUGCGCCAUUGGUCAGCCGUCCGCCGAGGACACGUCCUUCGGUCCGCUCAUAUCGGCCGGGCAGCGGGACAAGGUGCUCGCGUACAUCCAGUCGGGGCGCGACGAGGGCGCGAGCGUCGUGACCGGCGGUCGCAAGUGGCCGCAGUCGAACGGCGGGUUCUGGGUCGAGCCGACGAUUCUGGCCGACGCGCACGAGGGGAUGAAGGUCGUCAAGGAGGAGAUCUUUGGGCCAGUGGUGGUCGUGUCAAAGUUUACCGACGAGGCGCACGCGCUCGCGCUGGCCAACGACACGACGUUUGGCCUCGCCGCAGCCGUGUUCACCAACGAUGGGCGGCAGGCCACGCGCGUCGCGCGCGCGCUCGACGCCGGCACAGUCUGGAUCAACCAGUACAACUACAUCCACGCCGGCGUGCCGUUCGGCGGCUUCAAGCAGUCGGGCAUCGGGCGCGAGCUCGGCACAUACGGCCUCGAGGCGUACACCCAGGUCAAGGCGGUGCACCAGAACCUGUCGCAGAGGGUAUCGUGGCCGCUCUAGCGGCAUCAUCAUUAGGCAUGCAUUCUCUACUGUGCAA